AUGGUUGCCUGCAAUGCCAUCUCACGCGCUGUCCACCCCCUGGGGGUCCUUCCACCAGCAGGCACCCGAAGAGCUGUAGCACUUCUACAGAGAGAAUCUCCUGGCACUGGAGUACCCAAGCCCUCAGAAGGCCGUUUCGGAAUCUUUAAGGCCCCACUGAGGCGCUUAAGGAAGCAUUUGCCGGAUGUAUCACACCUCUUGGGCUAUUCACCAUGUUUGGGCUUCCUCCCCCCAAGACAUGUUGGAAAGGCGUCCGCUGCUCUAGGAGUUGCCCCUUCAGCAAACCGUCACUUUGUUUCCUGUGAAGACUCGAAAGCGAUCCUCGAUGAAACUUCGGGUACUCGGGGUUCUCAAGAGGCUGCCGUAGGAUCCUCGGAUGCAGUCGAGGUGCAAGGACCAAGGCGGCUUCAGGGGAUACCAACAGAUUUAUUUUGGGUGGACAGGAUGCAGCCCACGCGAUGCUCUGGCUGCGGCGCCCCUCUCCAGACUGACGAUGAAAACGCAAUUGGCUUCGUUCCCAAGAGCAAACUCGAUGAAUUCUCGGGUGGGAGAAUCAAGGCUUUGCCUCGCCCUCGAGGGGAAGUGGUGGACGCGGUACCAGAUGGAGUAGAAGUCAUACAGGUAACCUUACAUGCGCUAGGAAUUAGGCUUCAAGAACUCGGCGUCGGGGCUGUCCUUAUGACGGCUGGUACGACUGCAUGUUUCUCGGUACUCACGCAGAUGACAUCCCCAAAGUUCCGGCACUACCGCAACAUUGACAGCGCUUGGGAAUCUUCGGCCGUCACUUCUUCCGGGAUGCUUCCUGCCCUUUCUGCUUCUUCCGUAAUAACGCAUCUCACGCGCCUCAUGCCCAAGAAUUCCAUCAUCCUGAAGAUUGUUGACAUAUGCGACCUUGAGCUCUCUGUGGUUCCAGAGCUGUUCGAGGCCUGCCGGCAAAAAGGGCUGAAGACUCUCUGGAUCAUCAACAGAGUUGACUGUCUCCCCAGAGAUACAAACCUAAAUGAGGUGAAGCAUUGGGUGCGUCGAAUGGUUCGUCAAAUUAGGAAUGCUCACAUUGAUGACUGCCUCCUCGUCUCCUCAGCUACUGGGUUUGGCUUUGAGGCUUUAGAGAAGCGAAUAGGGGAUUUGCUCUCAGCAGAGGCAGGCGAUAUCGAAGCAGGGGGCAUACACACGGAAGCAGACGGACGCCUCAUGUUUGUUGUGGGCAGAGUAAACGCGGGGAAGUCAACCUUCGUGAAUCGAUUUCUUAAAUUUGUCGGAUACAAACACUUCGGCACGCUGUUUCUAAAGCGGGCUAUAACAAAUUUGCUACCGCACGGUCCGGAUCUCUUAGCAGUCGUCCCCAGUAAGCGGCUGCAGCCGGUUACCUACGCGCUUACAGAAGGAAAGAGCUUGUUGAUUGGCGCAAUGGCAAGAAUAGACCUUGUUGAAGGACGCACAGCACUGUGCACGUGCUUUUUCAGCCACAAGAUCACGCUUCACAUCUGCAAGACAAGUCGCGCCACAGAUCUGUUGCGUCGCAAGGCAUGCGCCUUUCUUUACCCACCGCAUUUGCCUGAAGGGUUUCAGCGGCUGCAGCCUCUAGUCAGACACAGGGCCCGGGGCCCCCGCAUCAGCGCUCGAAAGCGACAACUCGCAUUAGAGAUGAGGCAGGAGACGGGGAGGGAACAAAUGGAGAGAGAGCAGCGGGACGGAGACGCGGGGACAGAGCGAGAAGAUGAUAGCGGAUUGCGAGAUAUAGAGACAAGGCUGCCGCUUGUCAAUGAAGACGGCAGCAAGGAGCUACAGAAACUUGUUGCCGAGUGGGAAGGCGAACAACAGAAACUUUGA